UGGGCAAGUUCCUGGAAAGUCUUUAAGGAACAGAGUUCUGAUACAGCCAAGCUCCCUCCCUCCCAUCUGUCUUUAUGGUUCUUGAAGUCUAAUCAACCAGUUUCUGUAGGUUCAAGCUUUUUUAAAAAAUAAUAGAACAAGAAACAAUGGCAGCAGAAACCCAGACACUGAACUUUGGGCCUGAAUGGCUGCGAGCUUUGUCCAGUGGCGGGAGUGUGACAUCCCCUCCUCUGUCUCCAGCUUUGCCAAAGUACAAACUAGCAGACUAUCGCUAUGGGAGAGAAGAAAUGUUGGCACUUUUUGUAAAGGAUAAUAAGAUACCUUCAGACCUUCUGGAUAAGGAGUUUCUGCCUAUUUUACAAGAGGAGCCCCUGCCACCACUGGCACUUGUACCUUUUACAGAAGAAGAACAGAGAAAUUUCUCCAUGUCUGUAAACAGUGCUGCUGUCCUGCGGUUGACGGGACGUGGAGGAGGAACGGUGGUAGGGGCUCCUCGAGGUCGAAGUUCCUCCAGAGGUCGAGGCAGAGGCCGAGGAGAAAGCGGUUUCUACCAAAGAAGUUUUGAUGAAGUGGAGGGUGGAUUUGGGCGAGGAGGGGGCAGGGAAAUGCACAGAUCACAGAGUUGGGAGGAAAGGGGAGACAGACGCUUUGAAAAACCAGGGCGAAAAGAUCCAGGUAUGGUUUUGUUACUGUAUGGGUAGAAGAUGGGAGGGAAGAGCAAGGAUGUGUU